AUGAAAUGUGCACAGCUUAGUAGGCGCAUUACAAAGGAUUUACACUUGGGUGACAUUGCUCAACGUGUACAAGAAUCUGUCAACAAAAGUGUGCACAUCAGCUCGCAUGCACAAAUCAUCGAGUACAUGGUCGAAAUCAUUCGAGAAUAUGAUGAAGCAGUCAAUUGCUACCAGGACGCUGUUACGGAUAUCAGUGCAAAAUUGAGUGACGUUCUGAAUGGAAAGGUCUGUUUGGAUCGACAACCGGAGGAUCUCUGUUCGGGUCCAGCACAACGGCUGCAAAACCAUUCUCCUUUGCAAGCACUUCUACAGGAGGCACAUCGCUCUUCCCUUCGUUAA